UGGGAAGUGGUAAAACAACUUUAGCUAACGUGUUAAGUAAAUCUGAUGAAUUUAAAGAAGAUGAUUCUUCACUCACUAAAAGGAACACAAAAUUAUCUAAAGAACAAUUACUGGAAAAAUUUGAAGAAGAACUUGGUACUUACAUUGAUGAAGGAAUGAGCCAAUAUCUCUUUGAUAAUAAAGCACUUGAUUUUACUGCUAUUGUAAGAACCAAUUUUACAGACUUUAGAAGCAAAAAAAGGUGCGAGGAGGAUACAAAAGAAUUAACAACUUUUUUCAACGAUAAGGAAAUUUAUGAAGAAAUUAAUAAUAAAGUUCUUAAAAAAGAAAAAAUUAUUUAUGUAAAUAAUCCGUUAAUUAGUUUUAAUGAUCACAGUAAUCAUGAAAAAGAAAUUAAAGCAAAUAAAAACCUUCGACAAAAAUCAAGAGACAAGAUCUUGGAAAAAGAAAAAGUUGCUUUAAAUAUCGGUGGCAAAAAACUAAAAGGAAGAUUGAGUGUAAAAGGAUUUUCUAAUCUAAAAGGAUUAAAUUGCUCCAAUAAUCAGUUUACUAGCCUUGAUUUGAGCAGUUGCAAAGAUUUGAUUGAACUUCGUUGUAAUAAUAAUAAUUUCACAAACUUAAAUUUUCUUAAACAGGUUGCUAAUUUAGAAAUAUUAGAAAUAAAAAAUAAUCCAAACAUUCCUCUCCAAAAUUUAAAAAUUUUGUCAAAACUUACUAAAUUAAAAGAAUUACACAUUACCAACAUUGAAUUUAAAAAUUUUGAUUAUUUACCUGCCAAUUCCGUUACCGGUGGUAUUCUCGCAGCUACUGUUAAUCCCAUAUUAGGAGGAGUAUUAGCGGCAGUUUCCCCAGUAGUGGAAAUAAAUAAUUUUAAUGAAUUGUUGGGAACUUUGAAAAGAAUUGCUGGUGGAGAAUUAGGGGAAGUAAACAAAAAACUUGACGAGUUAAAUAAUAAAGUCAAAGAAUUUUUGCAGGACUAUGAUAAAGAUGGCAAUCGAGAAAUUGAUCUUGAUGA